GGUAUGGCCACAUUACCAGCGUGUUGUAUACCAAAUAAAUUCAAACCUGUAACUCAUUGUAUAUUUGACUUGGACGGAACAAUUUUAGAAACGGAAACUAUAUAUUCUAAAGCAAUCAAUUCUAUACUGCAAGAAUAUGACCAAGAACUAACUAAAGAGUAUCAUACCACUAUUACCGGAUUAGUUGAAAAAGAUUUAAGUAUCAAGAUGGUGAAAGAUUUCGACCUCCCAAUAACUCCAGAUGAAUUUGUGACAGUAUUUAGAGAAAGAUCCGAUUCAUUUCUUCAAGAAGCAGAAUUUAUGCCAGGAGCCGUGGAUCUUCUACAACAUUUACAUGCACAUAGAAUACCCUUAGCUAUAGGAACAUCUUCGGGGCAAUAUGCAGUUGAUUUGAAAUUUAGUAAUAAAAAGGAAAUAUUCGAUUUAUUCAGCCAUGUGGUUUGUGGUGGUAGCGACCCAGAAGUUUUAGAAGGCAAACCAGCACCAGAUAUCUUCAUAGUAGCAGCUAGAAGAUUUCCUGACCGACCUAGUCCUUCAAAGUGUCUCGUUUUCGAAGAUGCAGUGAAUGGCGUGAAAGCAGCACUGGCAGCAAAAAUGCAAGUUGUCAUGAUACCUGCCCCUGAAGUUCCUUACGAUUGUUGGAAACUAGCUACUUUGAGACUUGAUAGUUUGAAAUGUAUGGUUCCAGAAUUAUUUGGUUUGCCAGCUUUUAAUGCACCUUUGCCGGAAGAAAAUGCUGUAAAUGAAAAUGAUGGUAUGGAUGCAAGUGAAGAAGCUGUGACAAACGAAACUUGAUCUAUCAACGAGAAAUGUGAAAAUAAAAUGCCUGUGAGAUUCUAUUUAUUCCUUUAAUGAAUAUAUUAAUAUUAUGUAUGUAUUGAAAUGUCAAAAACCAUUAAAAAAAAUUUGCUGAAG